AUGUUGGGAAUCAAUACUAUUAGAGUCUAUUCUAUCAAUCCUGAUUUGGAUCAUGAUAAGUGUAUGACACUAUUGGCUGCAGCCGGUAUCUAUCUUGUACUGGAUGUGAACUCACCACUUCCAAGCCAGCACUUAAACAGAUAUGAACCCUGGUCCACAUAUAACACCGAUUACCUUUCUCAUAUUUUCAAAACCGUCGAGGUCUUCUCAGGAUAUAAUAAUACGCUGGCCUUCUUUGCUGGGAAUGAGAUCGUUAAUGACAAACUAUCUGCCAAAGUCUCACCAGCUUACAUCAAGGCUGUUGUCAGAGAUCUCAAAGAUUACAUUAGUUACCAAGUGCCUCGUAAGAUUCCCGUUGGCUAUUCAGCAGCGGACGACUUGAGCUACAGGAUAUCGCUUGCCAAAUAUUUGGAAUGUUACGAAAGCAGCCCUUCUGAGAGUGUGGACUUUUAUGGUGUCAACACUUACCAGUGGUGUGGGGAACAGACUUUCCAGUCAAGUGGCUACAAUAUUCUGGUCAGCGAUUACCAAGAUUACAGCAUUCCAAUCUUUUUCUCCGAAUACGGCUGUAACGAAGUUCUACCAAGACAAUUCACAGAAGUGUCCAGCAUUUACUCAAGCCAGAUGUCCUCCGUGUUCUCUGGUGGCCUCGUAUAUGAAUUUGCACAAGAGCCUAAUAAUUAUGGAUUAGUUGAUUACGAUAAGGAUGGGAACGUUCUUCUCUUGAGCGACUUCCAUUCUUUUAGAGAACAGAUGUCUAAAGCAAUUGAUCCGCCAGCACCCAAAAGACCUACGCUGCAGACUCAAGGCAAAAGUGAUAGUGGGCCAUUUGGCAAAGGUAGCCGCAAUAGACAUCAAAAAAAUAAAGUUUGUGAGGUGCAAUACCAAAACCUUGACAUCACAAGUGGUGUUCCUCAGUCUCUUGGGGCCGACCUUAUCAGCAACGGGGUGAGAAAGGCAUCAAAGGGCAAGUAUGUGUCAGUCACAGAAGAAGACAUGACAUCCAAAUAUAAAAUAUUUGAUGUGGAUGGCAAGCUUAUCCUGGAAAAUGCGAAAAUCAAAGUGGUGCCCGAACCACGGGUCGAAAGCAAUCCUGUUAUCUGGAAUAACCGUAAGUUAAAAUUAUUGAGACCAAAGGGCUUCUAA